AUGGGAGCGUCCCUGACGAACAUCGCCGCUUCGUCUCCAAUGGAUGGCGGGACAUAUCCGCGAAACGGUUCGAGCUCAGUGGGAGCACUGGUGGUAGCCCUGCACCAAAGGCGGUCAUCAAGGAAGAUCGACAACACGCUGCCGGCAGCGCACACUCAGAAGUUAUAUGGAAGUCUGCCUGGGGGCCGGGCAUACUGGCUGUCUACCUACGCCAAGACUCUUGGGUUCCGCGAGGAUGGUGAUGUCGAUUUAAAGAACAUAGUGGACUUGUACAUAGAUCGAAGUAUGAUUUGUGAAAGCUUCAAGGUUGACAAGAAAUCUACAUAUGAUUCUAUGAGUUUUAACGAGAGGCUGGUGGCCAAGUUGCAGAUCCUCCAUAUACAGCCCGAUUUCCUAGUUGGGCCUCCUACCUAUUUGGUAUAA